AUGGCUCCUUCUACCAGUGUGCCUACCGCCGAGCAAAUCGCCGUCCCUGAGACUUUGCUCAAGAAGCGAAGAACCAACGAGGCCACUCGAGAGGCCAAGUUGGCUGCUGCCGCUGAGGCCCGAAAGGCCCAACAAGCCAAGAGAAAGGUCAUCUUCAAGAGAGCCGGUGAAUACGUUCACGAAUACGUUCAACAAGAGAAGGAGGAGAUCCGACUCAAGAGAGAGGCUAGAAAGACUGGUGACUUCUACGUUGGUGCUCAACCCAAAGUCUACUUUGUUGUCCGAAUCAAGGGUAUCUCCAAAAUCGCUCCUAAACCCAAGAAGAUCCUUCAAUUACUCCGAUUACUCCAAAUCAACAACGGUGUCUUCAUCAGAGUAACCAAAGCUACCACUCAAAUGCUCAACUUGGUCAACCCUUACAUCACCUACGGUGAAGUUAACCUCAAAGCCAUCCGAGAACUCGUCUACAAGAGGGGUUACGCCAAGGUUGACGGUCAACGAAUCCCCAUCACCGACAACUCCAUCAUCGAGAAGCAAUUGGGUAAAUACGGUAUCAUCUGUAUCGAAGAUUUGGUUCACGAGAUCGCCACCUGCGGACCAAACUUCAAACAAGCCACUUCUUCCCUUUGGCCAUUCAAACUUUCCAACCCUAACGGUGGAUGGAGACCAAGAAAGUUCACCACUUACAUCGAAGGUGGUGAUACCGGAAACAGAGAACAAGCUAUGUCAAAACUCGUUCACCAAAUGGUAUAA